AUGUCGCACGCACGUAUAGAAGAAGUCAGUGACAGCGACGAAGACAGCGACCCCGCAGAAGGUGACAUCUCAGACCUAGACUCCGACCUCGAUGAGCGCGAAGUCCUGCGCCAGCGCGCUCCCCCUCCCGGUCCACGACCAUCACAAGUCACCCCUCCCAACCUCGCCUCGAGAAUAAACCCAGCGAACAUUCCCUCUACAGGAAACUCACAGUUCCAAACAACAGAAGACGACAGCAAGUACAAGGACUACCAAUGCAUAUACCCCGUCUACUUCGAUGCGCGGAGAAGCAGGAAUGGGGGCAGGAUGGUGGGCAAGGCAUUAGCGGUACAGAAUCCGUUCGCGAGAGACAUUGCUGCUGCGUGUGGUCAGUUGGGGCUGGAGCCAUUAUUUGAGGCUAUGAAAUUCCACCCGAAGGACUGGUCGAAUCCGGGGAGGGUGAAAGUCAAGUUACGGGAUGGGAAGAAUCCUGGCAUGGUCAAGAACAAACAUCACCUAUACAUUCUUAUCUCGAAAUACCUCAAAGCCAACCCUACAACCGAAAAGGCUGCACUGGCAAUCCGUAUCCCGGGCCUGCCUGUUCCAGACCCAAAGAAACCGUACCAACCACCUGAUGUUCCGAAAGGAUGGAAGAUCAACAACAUACUGCCGUAUUAUAGUCCAGCUAUGCAUGGCGAGGGAGUUAGUGAUAAUUUCAUGAAGGAUAUGAUGGCUGAGAUGGCGGCUGCGGGUGGUGGUGGUGGUGGCAUGCCGGAUAUGAGUGCAUUACAAGGGAUGAUGGGUGGUAUGGGAGGUAUGGGUGCAGCUGGACCGAGUGGAGGUGCUGCUGGUGGGGGAGAGUCUAAGAAGAAGGACAAGAAGAAGAAGAUUAAGGGAUGA